CGUGUCAUUUGGCUCACGGGCUCAUAAUUCGCCGCAGCACUGGUCCUCCUCGUUGUUCAUCCGCCUCCACUCCGGUCAGUCAUGAGUAUCCUCUGGCUUUGCAUCACAUCAGCGCUGACUGUCGCUUCAGUCUUCUCUGAUGAAGAUAUUGACAUCCGCAUCCAAGUUUUCCCUGCACAAAGUAUUGCCGGGGUGGUCCAGGUCACCUCCCUAAAUCACCUCCUCCAGCCUCAGUACGCCUUCAACGCCUCUGAAGCUCGGAUGAUCUGCUCGUCCGUCGGGCUGAACAUCGCCACAAGAGCACAAGUGGACGAAGCUCUCGCCAGAGGGUUAGAAACAUGCAGAUUUGGAUGGAUUGAUGAACAUUUUGCAGUCAUUCCCCGAAUCCAAGCACUCCCUAAUUGUGGCCAAAACCAGACAGGCUUGGUGCCGUGGAGAGCUGCUGUGACUCGCAAGUUUGAUGCGUUUUGCUUCAAUGAAUCGGAUGCAGCAGCACAAUUGAAGGAUGCAGCAACUGAUAACCCUCUGAACAGCAGCUCGAACCCGGAAAACGCUCCGUCCAACCCAACGGACUCCGACCUGUCAGUAAACUCUACAGCUUCCUCCGACUCGACUGACGACACCGUAGACAGCGAGGGACAACUAGCCCGCUUAUCCGGCAGCGCACAAGGCUCUACUAGAGGAAAAGUUGUACUCAUCACCUGCACCGGUGCCCUCCUCCUGACUGCAGUAAUCAUCUUUGCAUAUCUGAAAACGAGAAGAUAUUGCUCUCUGAGAUCUGACAUGGGGCAGCAACAGGAAAGUGGACAGUUGUGAAGAAUGUGAAGGAAGAAAGACGAGAGGAUGGAAGUGGACGACGACGCAUGUUAAACAUUUUCUACACGUGAGAUUUUUUGAGGAAACACCAUGAAAAAAAUCUGCGUAAUAUCUUUCAAGAUGUGCACCUUGAUCUGUAUGAACGGAUUGUAACAGAAUGACUGUAAAGUGAAUUUAUUUUGCAUGUAUGUGUUUAUUAUUUUUCUGUCCUCUAAUGUAAAUAAAUGGGGCAGUUUAACCACCAGGGGGCGAUGUUUGCAAUACAAUCA